AUGGCUGUCGUCCUCCAUGCUUCUGCGUUGUCUGGGGUGUGCCAAACUGCGUUCCGUGCUGAACUUGCUGCUGUUGCGUAUGUCUUGCAUUGGGCGGCUCGAACCGGCAUUGCUGUUCGUGUUUGGUCGGAUUGCUCGGGGGUGGUUAACAAGGUGAAGCUGAUGUGCAAUGGGCGUUUUCGCCUUGGUGUCAAUCGGCCCAACAGCGACUUGUGGAUUUGGAUUGCUGCUUCAUUGGAUGACAUUGGGGUGGAUCGGGUUCAAAUCCGUAAGGUUGCCGCCCACCGCACUCUGCAAAGUGCCCGGACGGCAGAUGAGAUGUGGCAAUUCUUUCACAAUGGUUAUGUGGAUAAGGCUGCCCGCCUUGCAAAUCAAGCGAGGCCGGAACAGUUUUGGAAGCUUUGGGAACAACAUGUGCAGGCGACUCAGGCAGCUCAGAAGCUUGUCAAUCAGGUUCAAGCUCUUCACGUUGCAAUUGGCCGCCGCCAUGUUUUGUCGGAAGAGGAAGCAGACCAAGGUACAGAGGUGCCGCAGCGGAGCACCAGACAGUUUGAGAUGAAUUUUUCUCUUGGACGUUGGUUUGGUCAUGCGCUGCCCGAUUCAUCUCGGUUGUUUGGGACGACCCAUGUUUCAAGAGUGGUGAGAUGGUUUACAGAACGGAUUCGUGACACUACAGCAGAUGAUUUGCGUUGGGUGUCGUUUGCACAGUUGUAUCUGGACUUUCAGAUGUGCUGGGGACUGCCAGGUCCAUUGCGAGUCCAAAAUCAGUGGGUCGACAUCAGCAUGCAUUUGUUCAAUGUGCCUCGCUUCCGUGGGCACCUUUUGCGCUCCAUACGGUUGACAACUGGCUUGCUGCUAAUCUGGUUCAACCGUGCACACGGAAUGCUGCCGCCCUUCUCCGCCUACCUGCUCCCUCGCAAUGCCUGGAGAUGA